AUGUGACAAAUUGACAAUAAGCCAUAAGCAGUUUCGGGUCAAAAAGACAAAAAAAGUGAAUUAUAUUUUGUAUUUCUCUCGUUUAAAUCUAUCAAGAAAUAUUUUAAACACUUAAAAUGCCUGACCAUCUCGGAGAUGAUAUGCGAAAAGUGAAGGAUGAUAAAGAAGAACCAGAAAAAGAGAUUAAAUCGCUGGAUGAAGGAGACAUAGCAUUAUUGAAGUCAUAUGGUCAAGGGCAGUACACAAAAAUCAUCAAAGAAGUUGAAGAUGGCAUCCAGACCGUAAUGAAAAGAGUUAAUGAAUUGACUGGCAUUAAGGAAUCUGAUACUGGCUUGGCUCCACCUGCUUUGUGGGAUUUGGCUGCUGAUAAACAAACACUUCAAAAUGAACAACCUUUACAGGUCGCUAGAUGUACAAAAAUUAUAAAUGCAGAUUCAAAUGACCCUAAAUAUAUAAUAAAUGUCAAGCAAUUUGCAAAGUUUGUGGUCGAUUUAGCAGACUCAGUAGCACCCACGGAUAUAGAAGAAGGGAUGAGGGUUGGUGUUGAUCGUAACAAGUACCAGAUCCACAUACCAUUACCACCUAAGAUAGAUCCAACGGUGACAAUGAUGCAGGUAGAAGAGAAGCCUGAUGUCACAUACAGUGAUGUGGGAGGUUGUAAGGAACAAAUAGAAAAGUUAAGAGAAGUAGUUGAAACACCGUUGCUUCAUCCUGAGAAGUUUGUUAAGCUUGGUAUUGAGCCACCUAAAGGUGUACUGCUGUUCGGACCUCCUGGUACAGGAAAGACGCUCUGCGCCCGAGCCGUCGCCAACCGCACUGACGCAUGCUUCAUUCGUGUCAUCGGUUCCGAGUUGGUUCAGAAAUACGUCGGCGAAGGUGCUCGAAUGGUGCGUGAGCUGUUCGAGAUGGCUCGAAGCAAGAAAGCCUGUCUGAUUUUCUUUGAUGAAAUCGACGCUAUCGGUGGAGCCAGAUUUGAUGAUGGAGCCGGUGGCGAUAACGAAGUCCAGAGAACUAUGUUGGAGUUAAUUAACCAGCUGGAUGGUUUUGAUCCAAGAGGAAAUAUUAAGGUUCUUAUGGCGACGAAUCGUCCGGACACCCUGGACCCGGCUCUGAUGCGGCCCGGUCGCCUGGACCGGAAGGUGGAGUUCGGGCUGCCGGAGCUGGAGGGUCGCGCGCACAUCUUCCGCAUCCACGCGCGCUCCAUGAGUGUGGAGCGAGACAUCCGCUUCGACCUGCUCGCGCGGCUCUGUCCCAACUCCACCGGCGCAGAGAUCAGGUCCGUGUGUACUGAGGCGGGAAUGUUCGCGAUCCGCGCGCGUCGCAAGGUGGCCACCGAGAAGGACUUCCUGGAGGCCGUCAACAAGGUCAUCAAGUCAUAUGCCAAGUUUUCCGCCACGCCGAGAUAUAUGACCUACAACUAGAUUAUUAAUAAUGAUAUUAUAUCUGUGGUACCUUUGUGCUACUUCCUAAUUGUAAUUAAAAAAAUAAACUGAUGUUUU